GAAACGAGGGCUUUGCUUUGGGGGGCUUUUGGGCCUUUUGAAUAAAGGAAGAAAAACAAAAACGAGGGCUUCUUCUUUCCUCCCUUUGGAAGGUUUUGGCCCUCUUUCUUUCCCUCUUUCUUUCUCGGCAGCGCAGCGAUCGCCACCGGCGGAAUGGAAUGGAUCAUCCGGGGAAGACCGCUUGAAUCGAUUUCUUGGAUUGUAACGCGCGCAUCACUGUUGCUGUAGCUCCCCCAUCGGUCUCUUCAUUACUUACGCCACUAACAACAAGAUCUAGGAGGCAUCGUACAGCGACUUAGCGGCGUGGUGUGUGGCCUUGCGAGUCCCUUUCAUCCAGAGGUAGGCGAUCCAUCCAGUCGGGGCUAGCGGCUUCUUGUGGCCUGGCGGGGCUUGUAGUUAAUUUGGUAGAUGGGCGCGACGAGUUGGUUAGUGGGUUCUUCCGUUUGUGGCCCCUCGUCUCCGGCAUUCUCUCGUCCCAGCUUCCAUGACGCCAGGAUUUCACGCGCGGCCGCCACGCUCGUCCGCGCAACUCCAAAUUCACGCCCUCCCUGCCUCCAUCCUCGACGCCUGCUGCUACUCAAUGCCACUCCUGCCGAUCGCAGCAGCAGUACUAGCACUAGCACGGAUGAUGAUGAGCACCAAGGAGGCUACGAGGGAUCACCGUCGGGAACUUGCGACCCUCUGUGCUCGGUGGAUGACAUGAGCUCGCUCGAGUAUGAGGCCAACUACAAGCCCAAGACGGAUCUGUUCAAGGCUUUCGCCAUUGGUGCUGCUGUUCUUGCUGGCGUUGCUGUCAUCAACCAGUCUUGGGUGGCAGAAAAUCAGAAUUUAGCCCUGGUGAUUGUUUUCGUAGCAGGCUACGCGGGAAUAGUUUUUGAGGAGUCUCUUGCAUUUAACAAGAGCGGAGUUGGCCUGUUGAUGGCUGUUACAUUGUGGGUGAUAAGAAGCCUCGGGGCCGACUCCCCCGACGUCGCUGCGGAGGAGCUCUCAAAGUCGUCCGAGGAAGUUAGCGAGCUCGUCUUUUUUCUUUUGGGAGCAAUGACGAUCGUGGAGCUCGUCGACGCGCACCAAGGCUUCAAGCUUGUCACAGAUUCCAUAAGCACACGAAACCCGCGCACACUCUUCUGGGUGAUAGGCAUUAUCACCUUCUUCUUGAGCUCCAUCCUGGACAAUCUCACGUCAACUAUUGUGAUGGUGUCCCUCUUGCGCAAACUCGUCCCCGACCCGGAGCAAAGGAAGCUACUCGGCGCCGUAGUUGUCAUUGCUGCGAAUGCAGGUGGUGCCUGGACGCCUAUUGGUGAUGUUACGACCACCAUGCUUUGGAUCCAUGGACAGAUCUCAACAGUGAAAACGAUGCAGGGUUUAUUCAUUCCGUCGGCUGUAUCUCUAGCUGUUCCCUUGCUCUUGAUGUCUGUUUCGAGCGAGGAAUUUCGCAAAGAAGCACCUCCGGAGCCAGUCAUGUCUAGCGAGCAAAUGGCUCCUCGAGGGAAGCUUGUCCUCGCGGUAGGAGUGGGAGCUUUACUGUUCGUGCCCGUGUUCAAAGCACUCACGGGCUUACCACCUUACGUCGGGAUGCUCUUCGGACUGGGAGUCCUCUGGAUUCUGACGGAUGCCAUUCACUAUGGUGACGAGAAUCGCCAGAAGCUUAAAGUGCCGCAGGCACUGUCGCGAAUUGACACUCAAGGCGUCCUGUUCUUCCUGGGAAUCCUUCUCUCCGUGGGAAGCUUGCAAUCCGCUGGUGUUCUCCAAGACCUGGCGACGUUCCUAAACUCCCACAUCCCGGGAGUGGAACUCAUUGCUACUGCCAUCGGUUUUGCAUCAGCCAUCAUCGACAACGUUCCACUGGUUGCAGCCACCAUGGGAAUGUACGACGUGUCCUCCUAUCCCAUGGACUCGGAGCUGUGGCAGCUCAUCGCUUUCUGCGCCGGGACUGGCGGUUCAAUGCUCAUCAUCGGCUCCGCAGCUGGUGUUGCUUUCAUGGGGAUGGAAAAGGCUGACUUCUUCUGGUACUUUAAGAAGGUGAGUGGCUAUGCGCUCGCUGGCUACGUUGCAGGCAUCGCCGCCUACUUGGCCGUCAACCAUCAACCCGUGGCAAUGCUCAGUUCCGCCAUUCAAGACGUACCAGCGAUCAUGUAAAAGCUUACGAAACUUUGAUACAGACACAUUUAAGCGA